AUUGCUAUUGUGAGCAGCAGAAGAGUUUGUCUCUUUAACUUGCCUGCUUGGAAAUGCAGCAGCAGCACCACCACCGCAGCAGCACCGACCCAAGAAUGGAAACCGCGUCUCCUGAAAUAUGCUGAAGCGCAGAUAUUUUGUACGUGUUGGGUUUGGGUGAGGAAAGCACCAAAAAGACGCGAGGAGGAGCUGGAGCCGCCGGGGCCGUGCUCAUGUGACCGGUGGCGGCUGAGGGCUGGGGCUGCCCAGAAAUAGCCGCAGCUGCUUUCCUUGCUCGGUGCAACUGGGUAGCGCGAGGGAGGCUGGCUCCUCCGAAGGAUGCGAAGCCGCCAAGCCCCAAGCAGAUGAUGGCGAUACGAGAGCUGAAAGUCUGUCUGCUUGGAGAUACUGGAGUUGGCAAAUCUAGUAUAGUUUGUCGAUUUGUUCAGGAUCAUUUUGACCACAAUAUUAGCCCCACUAUUGGUGCUUCUUUCAUGACUAAAACUGUGCCAUGUGGGAAUGAACUUCAUAAAUUUCUGAUCUGGGAUACAGCAGGGCAAGAACGGUUCCAUUCAUUGGCACCAAUGUAUUACCGUGGGUCAGCAGCAGCAGUUAUAGUAUAUGAUAUCACCAAGCAGGAUUCAUUUCAUACACUGAAAAAAUGGGUAAAAGAACUAAAAGAACAUGGUCCUGAAAACAUUGUAAUGGCCAUCGCUGGAAACAAAUGUGAUCUUUCUGAUAUUAGGGAGGUACCUAUGAAAGAUGCCAAAGAAUAUGGAGAGUCUAUAGGUGCAAUUGUUGUUGAAACGAGUGCCAAGCAUGCAAUUAACAUUGAAGAACUCUUUCAAGGAAUCAGUCGACAGAUUCCACCCUUGGAAACUCAUGAAAAUGGCAACAGUGGGACGAUAAAACUUGGAAAGCAGACUGCACAAACAACUAAGCGGUGUUGUUAAACCAACUCGACCUGUUUUGCAUUAAAUAUUAUAAAAGAUGAAGUAGAAAAAAAAAUGCUACAAAGCAAUCCAGGUAUGAUUCCAAAUUAUUACAAGCUGCUUUACCUGUCUUCUGUUAAUAUAUGUGGCUGUUCAGUUUGAAAGCAUCCCAGUGCAAGCAGAUAAAUAGGUGGGAAGGUAAAUGGCAUUUCUGUGCGCUCUGGCUUCCAUCACAGUGUUCCAUUGAGCCAGAAGCAGUUUAGUCAUGCUGGCCACAUGACUCAGGAAAGCUGUCAUCGGCCUGAAUGCAAGAUGAGUGCCACACCCCAUAGUCACCUUUGACUGUAAGUGUUCAGGGGUCCUUUACCUUUACCUUUUUUUAAGUCGCUUUACCUGUCUUCUAUUAAUGUAUAUGGCAUAUACAUGACAUAAUGUAUAUAUUUAUAAUAAGAGAACAGAAUAUUGUUGAUUGGGAGAAGCAAGUAUAACCCAUUAUAAGUUAUAGAGUAGCUGCAUUUAUGUGUUUUAUGGAUAAACUGUUUUAUUGAAAAACAACAGUAUGGCAAGGAAGACUAAUUGUUUAGUCAUGCCAACUGAACUGAAACUCCAUUACAGUACUUUACAGAUCUAUAGAAAUGUGUGUUUGUCAGUGCAUAGUCCACCAUUAUUUGUUUCAUAGUAGUCUAACUUUCAGAGCCCAGCAAAAAUGAUAUACUCAGAGGCGAUAUACUCCAGAACAGCUAUAUAGUAGCCCAAACCAGAGGCACAGCUUAAAUUAGAGAAAUUAGGUGGUUUUGCAUGAGUGUUCUCUACUUAGGCCCUGGGAGCAGAUACACAAAACCCUCAUGUCUCAUGACUUGUUCUCAAGUACGGUAUAUCAUUUCUGUGGAAUGAAUUUGCUUUAUAAUCUCCUGUAGACCUAUUUGAUGAAAUGUGAACUUCAGAGUAUAAUAACAGUCUAUAGAGUAGAGAAAAGAGGUUAUCUUCACGUAUUUAACAAAUUCAGUGGGGUAGAAAAGUGUGAAGAACUGGAGACACUGACAAGGUCUUCCUAGAUUAAGCAGGUACUGUACGUGGAAGCAUAAUACCAGUCUCAACAGGCUUUUGUUAGGUUUGAUCAUUUGGACAAAAUGUAAAAUGUCAUUUGUUUCAGAAUGAAAGGUCAAAAUCACAAAUGAGAGAAAAGUAGGGCAUCACUUGUACAGGAUGUGGCUUUAGCUGUGCACAGGAGUGAUGUUUACCUUUUCACAACUUAUAUCUGUUCCUAUUCUGAAAAGUGGUUCUAUGGUCAAGUCCAUUAAAAUAAAAGGGAUUUAUAUACCAAGCAGAAUGCAGAACUUCAGCCACAUUUUCAGUUUUCUGUAGUGUUUAUUCUGGGGCAAUUACAUUCAAGUAUAUUCAACACAGCAACUAUUGAUAAGCUGCUGUUUGAAAAGGUUUCUGCCUCUCAUUUUCCCCGCAUAAGAUAGCAUGCAGCUUGCACAAUGACUGGUAUUUAGAUUCUCCCCCUCCUCCUUUGGAUUUGAAAUUGACCAUUGUAAUCAAUAUUAUGCUAGGUCCCAAUUUAACAGGAGCUACGGUACCACUCUUAGUUGGCAUGGUGAUUAUACCAGGUAUAGGAGUAGAGCUGAUGUUACCUUGGGAGUGGCAUGGUUUCCCCGCUUCCCCCACCCCCACAUUUUGAACUUUGGGCUUUGCAAUCCUGAUGUUUCUAUGGUUACUGGUGAUUAGAAGGCAUUUCCAAAUAUAUCUGGCCUACAGCAGGGCCAUAGAGUCGCAAAAUUUCUGACAAAAAGUCACUUGAUUCCAUGACUAAUAUGAAUGGUGAUGUUGGUGUCAUGAUGAUAUCGUCACUGAUGUUGGGAAGGAAUAUGCCGCUGAACUCCACGUAAGAACCUCUAGGUCUAGGAUGUAGGAUGGUGGUGAAAUAUGACUGCUAAUGUUGACACAAUGCAGGCUGCAGUAGGGCACAUUACAUGACUGCUAGUUAAAGGAGAUAAUUGCUUGGUGGACUACCGUUACUGGCUGUUGCUUUCUGCUCUUGCUCAACAGCAGUGCAAAAUCUCCAGCACAUGCCACACUGUUAAUGUUAUACAGGUGUGGACUAGAGCUUUGGCUAAGUGCUUGGCUGGGUCAGAGAGCAACGCUGGAAAAUAUUUGCAUCUGUAGGUAACACCAUCUGAUUACAGUACCAAAUGCCCGUCUUGACCAGCUAUCCCGACAUGUGUCUCUGGAAUACUUUAACUGGAACAAGUGCUAACAUAGCUACUGUAUAGCAUAAUCUACAAAUCCAGUAUAUCAUGGCAGUUUUCAGCUCAAGAGAGCCAUUCUUUAGUUGGAAUGAAUACAAGUUUCUGGAAUCACAUGAAUGAACUGCUUUUUUAAGGAAAAGAAAACCAUAAAUUGUCUAUUUAUAUGUUGACUUUGUGUUUGUUUGCUUCAUAAUCCCUCAGAAAUUAAGAUUUGGAAUUAAUGGUCUGAACUCAUACAUAAGACUUCUUAAAGCAAUUGCACCAACACCUUGAGACAGAUAUGGGGGCAGCAGCAUAUUGUUAAUGUAGCUAUGAUUUAUAUCUGGUCCUUAUUAGCAGAUGUAAGCCAAGAACAGUUGUAUAGAUAACAUAUUCCAUAUAACAUUUGUGUAUAGUGGUACUCAUUUGAUCGCUUUUUAAGUCUCCUUAUGACAAGAGCAUUGUGCAGAAAAUGCCAAUAUGUAUAUUAACAUGUGUAUCAUUAUACUGUAUAUAUAUUGGUAGCUAUUUCUACUGGAUAAUUCUGGUUUGCAUUUGUAUCUGAUUGUAUACAAUCAGAAAUAUACUUAUUUUUUAAAAUGUCCCAUUAAACUCAGUAGGACUUACUUCAUUCCUGCAUCCCUCAUACCACCUGGAGCAAGUGAGCUAUGUUAGCUGACCAAGAAGUUGGCAUAUUUUACUUCCCUCUUAGUGAAAACAGUUGCUUAUCUUGGUGGAACAACUAUGGCUGAUCCUGGUUGGUGGUUUUCUGGAAAAUACCAUCUCAGUGGCACAGGGGCCUAUAUUCCACUGCCUCAGAAAUACAUCAUGAAGGGAGAACAAAUUGGGCACUGAAGAUGUGGCAUGCAUCCCAAAAGCCCAAAUUGCUCCACUAGGGUUCUUUUAGAGAUGACAGGGGCUGCCCCAUUUCCAGCAAAAGGAAUGUGAGGGGAGGUGAAUUGGGCUCUUAUGUUCCACUUCCCGGAGUCCAGUCUCCAUUUUAUCCCAAGAUUUUUGAUUAAUAUCUGCCAGUCUAAAGUGUUAAAAUAGCAUAAUUGUGCACAUGUAUCUGUUGACUGAUGGCUGCAAGCUGCAGAACAAAAGACGAAUCUUCAAAUGGCAACAGAUUUAUCUAGUGUGCUUGAUUAUAAUACAAGUGAAUAAUAUUUAAUAUAGUUGAUUCCAUCCACACAAUUGUGAUUGUGCUUCUGUGCUCAUGGCACUAUUUCUGUGUAGACAUAUGCUUUUUCUUAUUCCAUCUUAUUUGUUUAAACCCAGAAAAGCAAUCAAUUCCAGUGUAAUGCUUUGUACUCAGUACUAUCACUCUGUUGUUUAUGCAAGGGCUUUCAAUGGGCUGGACCCAUUGGUGGUUAUGUAUGAGAUGUUAUAAUCUUUUAAUAUUGUUGGGUUUAUAUUGUAAUUGUAUGAUCAGAAACAAGAUUUGUGUCUAAAACAAUCAUUUUUUAUUUAAUCAAUAAUGAAUGAUACUAAUAAAUAUUCUUAAUUUUUGCACCUUUUUGCCUUUUUUUUAGAUGACAAAAAUAAAAGAGAAUGAUGAUCAAAACAGAAAGCACUUGUUUUUCCUGAUGGACAUUCUUUUCUUUAUAGAAAAACAUUUACAAGCCUAUGCAAAAGUUUGGUUCUUCCACCCUUUUGCAUAAAAUCAAUUGAAAACCUUUGUAAGCAGUCUGUAAGUAAUCUGACAAUAGAACUUUAAGAAUUUCAUAUGCAAAUCAUUUUUGUGACCAUUCCUUCUACACCUUUUAAAUAAAACAGCUGCACAUCCAAUGCAAUUUGUGAGAUAUGAAGCUGCAGUCUUAUGUAGACUUACUUAGGAAUAAGUCUCAUUGUACUCAGUGGGAUUUACUUUCCCAUAAAUGUAAGCAGGUGCCACAUUUAAGAUGCCUCUGGCUAUUCACGAAACUUUUUUUUCCUGGAGGCUUUAACUUAUAUUGAGCUCUGGUAUUGGGUGGGAGCUAUAGAAUCACAAAUACACCUGGAAAGACAUUGUUGUAGUUUCUUUAUUAUAUUUUUAAAGAACAUUUCUAUACUACCUGCCACCAAGGUCUUGAGGUAGUGAACAUGAAAAAAAGAAAACCAAGUACAUUGUAAAAUGCAGGUGCAAUCAGGAAGAGAUUUAAAAGCCAGCUAAAACCAGAAUUAUGCAUAAGCAAAAGCUUGGUCGAAUAACUACAUUUUAAGGAGGUACAGGGAUACCACCCUGGAUGGUGCUUGCCUAAGUUUAGAAGAUGUGGGUCUGCAAAAAUGAGUGCCACUACAGAAAAGGCAUACCCUCAGUGACUGCCAGUCAAAUCUCCAGUACCGUAGUUGUAUGUCCUUAUCAGAUGAAUGUAAGGCUCACAUCAGGCAAUAGGGAAGAUGAGGCUCUUGUACAUGUCCUGGUCUCAAGUUGUUUAUGGGAUCACCACUUAACUGCCCUUCACCAUACACCCCCUGGAUGGGUUACAACAUUACAACACAGUAUCAAUACCAGUUUACAACAACUUAAGUCACAGAAAUAAGGUGGGCCCCUCUCCCAGGUUGUCGCCUCUAAACUUCUGAAGGUGCAGGAACUACCAAGAUGUUCUUGGUACCCAAUAACAGUUGAAGAAUUCAGAAUCUUUGAAUAAUAACUCCCAAUCCAGCUGCAGGGCAGGAAUGGAUAUCAGAUAGGUUAAUUAUUUAUUAAAAUGCCUCAAUUAGUAAAAAUAAUACAAGGAAGAUAGAAGAAAGAAAGAUACUAUGAUAGGUUCGUAGUUCCAUAUAGAAAGAAAACUCAACAUUAUUUACAGGUAGGUAGCCGUGUUGGUCUGAGUCGAAGCAAAACAAAAAAAUUCC